CGUCUGAAGAGCCCGUCCUCCAGAGCGAUGUUCUACCAUGCCUCCAUCGUAGGGAAGGAGGCCCAUCAUUUCUCAUUGCCCCAAGGAGCUUCCAUCACCAUCCCUCCUAAGGGGCGUUGUGUGGAGGUGACCGUGCAGUACUCCUGUACCUUCCUGAGGCCAAUGGAGGCGGUGCUACUGCUGACAUCACACUCUGCCUCCUCAGCCACUCCCUCUGGAGCCACUCUGGCCUUCAGCCUCAAGACCCAGGUCACACACAUCACCCCCAGCGGGAUAGUGAAGUGUAAAUCUCCAUGUUACCAGCUGAAGGAGCUCCAACUUAAAGUAAAAAACCAUUUCAGCAAGGAUGCCACGUUCAGGGUGGUGUUGGUGGAGUCUAAAGCCAACAUGCUGCAGGUGGAGAAGAGUCAGGAGAGCCUCAUUCAACAGUUCUCCUGUAGGACCAACCCCAGCUCAGACAACAACACCAGUCUUUCUACAGAUAGGUUGAAUGGUGGAACUGACUGUGGUGAGUGGGAGGACAGUGACCUUCACUGUGAUCCUGCAGAUGAGUGUGGUGUGAAUGAGUUCUUCAGUCCUGUCAGGAGUGUGAGUCUGGCGGGUGGACAGACAGAAACCAUAGAGCUCCACUACCUGCCCUUCCACCUGGGGAAAAGACACUGCUCCGUCCUGCUAGUCAGCCAGCAGGUUGGUGAGCAGGUGUAUCUUGUGGAGGGGACAGCAGAUCUUCCCCUGUCCUCCCCUCUGACCACAAAGCCCAGUCCUAAUGUAGUCCAUGUUAGCAGCGCCACCUCUGAUGGUGCUGAUCCCAGGCCUGCGGUGAACCUGCGUUGCGGCGUGGGCAGCACCCUGGAUGAGGUGUUGUGUGUCCCCCUGGUUAACGGGCUGUGGGAGCGGGCGCUGGCCACCGUGGGGCAGCAGAGGAUGAGCCCUGUGGAGAAGAAGAGGCGCAGCCUCACACACUCCGUGUCCUGUGGCUCCCUCCUGGUCCCUGGUCCAGUCCAGUCUGACCGUCUCUCUCCUCUCCUCCAGUCCCUCCUGGUCCCUGGUCCAGUCCAGUCUGACCGUCUCUCUCCUCUCCUCCAGUCCCUGCUGGUCCCUGGUCCAGUCCAGUCCCAGGUGGUAGAGUACAGUGUGGAGGUUUCUCUCCCGGAACACUUCCUCCUGCCUCAUACCAUCACUCUGCCUGUGGCCAGGGACGCACGGGUCACACAGGACAACCUCACAGACUCUGAGGUGGUGAUGGUACCACUGAGGUUCCAUGCCCACGUGGCCGGUCGGUUCCGGUGCCAGCUGGUUCUGCAGUCGUGGCGCGACAUCAGAGUCUACCUGCUGGAAGCCGUGGUUACCGCAGAGGGAGACCACGCCCAGCUAGAGUUCACCACGCCCGCUCACCUGUCUGUCACUCAGGACAUCCCUCUGAUCAAUGAGAGCAGACAGGACUGGCGUCUGCGAGGCUUGGUUAGUGGCUGUGGCUUCUACGGCCCUCCAGUGGUGUACAUACGGGCCGGGGAGAAGACCUGUUACCCCCUUACCUUUAGACCCACCACACAGAGCAUCGUCACGGGCAGGCUGUCCUUGCUGAAUGACACAGAUGGGACGGAGCACAGCUUCACCCUGAGAGGGGUGGGGGAGCGGUCCCUACCCCUGGACCACGUGGUGAUACACUGCUCUGUCAGACAGGUCACACACAGCACCCUGCAGGUCCCCAACUACAGCCAGCACCCCCUCACCUGUCAGGUGGUAUCAGACCUCUCCAUCGUCAGUGGACCGCCCACCUUGGACAUCAAACCAGGUCACACCGUCCCCUACACCGUGUCUGUGUCACCAUGGAAACGAGGGAAACAUACAGGGUCCAUGUCAUUCCUAGCCGUGGAGAGUGAGACAGGAACAGGGAAUGAGUCCAGGCAAUAUGAGGUGUGGUUCUCUAUAGAGGUCAUAUGUGAUCCUGCUCCUCCCCUGAAGGUGCUGGCUGUGCACUGUGCUGUUCAGAGCUCUGUUGCCGUGGAGAUCCCCCUUAGUAAUCCGGAGGCGGAGCCGCUUGAGCUGUGGGUGUGUCUGGAGGGAGAGGACCUGAGUGGAGACACCCUGGUGUGUGUCCCUCCCCAGAGCAGUCUCAACUACACAGUCACCUUCUCUCCUGCUGUAGUAGGGAAGAGAACAGACAGUGUGGUCUUCCAGUCGGAGCUGGUGGGAGAGUUCUGGUACCAACUGGACCUGCUGGCCCAACCUCCUGUCCUCACCACCUUACCACAGAGCAGCUGUGAACUGGGAAAGUGGACCAGGCUGUACAUCCCACUGGUCAACCCCACAGACGAGACACUGGAGCUGGGGAUGGUCAACAGCAACCCUCGCAACUUCACCUUGGAGCUGGACACCAGCAGACCACUCAUCAUAGCACCACACUCGUCCACCCAGGUUCCUGUCCGUUUCAGCCCAUCAACCAUCGGAGCUGGAAACCACACAGCCAAGAUCUCCUUCACCUGCUCUCAGUUGAAACACUGGAGCUUCCAGCUGUGUGGUGAAGGCCUGACCCCUGGGAGGAUGGAGCCUCUGUCUGUAGCCUCCCCUGUGGGAUCUCAUUCCUCCAUCAUCCUCCCCUUCAGGAACCCUACUGAACACCCAGCCCUGCUGCACCUCAGACUCACAGACGAGGAACCCGGUCAGAAGAGAUCAAGCCAGUCCUUCAUCUGUGACAGGAAAGUGUUCUGCAUCCCCCUCAAACAGACACAAGGUGUGCGUGUGUCUGCGGGGGCCAGUGUGGACAUUCCUGUGGUGUUUGCCCCUGACUCCAUGCAACUGCACCAGGCCUGGCUCCUGCUUCAGCUAGAGCCCCUCUUCAACCUCCCCUGCCUGGACUCACCACUCACCACGGCCCAGAGGGACAAGUGUGUGGAGGUAGAGAAGGACCGGGUGCGUGUGCUCCGCUGGGUCUACCCCAUCCAUGGCAUCCCAGAGGCCCCUCCUGAACCCUCUCGUCCAGCGGUGAUAGAAUGUGAGGCUCGCGGUCGAGUGGAGGAGAGAGUGGAGGUGCUGUUGACAGGAUGUGUUCCUGGCUCCUCCGUCAGCAACACAGACACAACUCUCAUCAGGGCCCCCUCCUCCAUCAGCAACACAGACACAACUCUCAUCAGGGCCCCCUCCUCCAUCAGCAACACAGACACAACUCUCAUCAGGGCCCCCUCCUCCAUCAGCAACACAGACACAACUCUCAUCAGGGCCCCCUCCUCCAUCAGCAACACAGACACAACUCUCAUCAGGGCCCCCUCCUCCAUCAGCAGCACAGACACAACUCUCAUCAGGGCCCCCUCCUCCAUCAGCAACACAGACACAACUCUCAUCAGGGCCCCCUCCUCCAUCAGCAACACAGACACAACUCUCAUCAGGGCCCCCUCCUCCAUCAGCAACACAGACACAACUCUCAUCAGGGCCCCCUCCUCCAUCAGCAGCACAGACACAACUCUCAUCAGGGCCCCCUCCUCCAUCAGCAACACAGACACAACUCUCAUCAGGGCCCCCUCCUCCAUCAGCAACACAGACACAACUCUCAUCAGGGCCCCCUCCUCCAUCAGCAACACAGACACAACUCUCGUCAGGGCCCCCUCCUCCAUCAGCAACACAGACACAACUCUCAUCAGGGCCCCCUCCUCCAUCAGCAACACAGACACAACUCUCAUCAGGGCCCCCUCCUCCGGAACCUCAGCAGCAGGCUUCAGGCUGGUUCUAGAAGACUUCCUAUGUGAGGUGUGUUAUAACAGUGAUGCUGAGCGGUCCCAGCUGGAGGGCUGUGUAACCCUGUCUCUACUGAACUGUCACCGAGACCCCCACUCUGGCAUCGUCUCUCUCACCAUCAACCUCAUCUUCACCCCUUACAAACCUCUCAGGUGUUCAGCUGUGCUGGCGGUUCAGUGUUUGACAGGUGGGCUCUGGAAGUUUCCCAUCAGCCUCAUCUCCACCGAGCCGCAGGUUGAUGACGUCAUCCCCAUUAACGCUGCAGGGCUACACAAGACCUCUGCUGUGGGCUUCAGACUGACCAGCCAGACCAGGUACCCAGAGCCGUUCACAGCAGGGUUCCUGCCAGGUGGGGGCAGUGAGUUCCAGGUGUGUCCCUCCUCAGGUGAGCUCCUCCCAGUGGGGUCAGCCGGUACCCUCCUCACCGUCUCCUUCACCCCCUCCAUGUACAGCAAGAGACACCACGCUACGCUGCUGGUCCAGACAGCAGACAUGCAGUGGACGUACGAGGUGAAAGGAACCACGCCUGCUUACACCCCACCCCACUCUGCCUCCUCCAAUGGGAACACCUCUUCCAGGGAAGUCCCUCCCACUGAUGUCCGCCAGAGGAACUUUGUGUCCCGGAACCUUCAUCUCCCAGCUGUGGCUAACUCCUCCCCCAUCAAACACAGAGCCUCCGCCUCGCAGAUCAGAUAGAGAGAUCAUUCUCACACUACACCCCCACCCCAUCCCUGUGUCAUACAGGAGGGUUGAAUAAUUAAAGUGCCUGUACUUCA